AUGUCCCUCUCCAGCAAGCUCGCCAUCACCGACCUUGAUCUCAAGGGCAAGCGCGUCCUCAUCCGGGUCGACUUCAAUGUCCCCAUGCAUGAUGGACAAGUCUCCAAUGACGCUCGUAUUGUCGCCGCCCUUCCAACCAUCAAGUAUGCUCUGGAGCAGGGUGCUCAUGCCAUAAUCUUGAUGUCCCAUCUUGGGCGUCCAGAUGGCAAGGCCAACCCCAAGUACUCUCUUGCCCCCGUCGCGCCUGUUGUUUCCAAGCUCAUCGGCCAGGAGGUCAAGUUCAUCCCCUCCCUUGAGCCAUCUCCCAAAGAGGAGAUCGCGUCCGCACCUGCCGGCACAGUGUUCCUGCUCGAGAACCUCCGGUUCCACAUCGAGGAGGAGGGCUCCGUCAAGAACAAGGACGGAACCAAGACGAAGGCCUCGGCCGAAGCUGUCGAUAAGUUCCGUGAGCAGCUCACCGAGCUGGGCGACGUGUACGUCAAUGAUGCCUUCGGCACUGCUCAUCGUGCCCACUCGUCGAUGGUCGGCGUCAAGCUCGACAAGCGUGCCGCUGGCUUCCUCAUGAAGAAGGAGCUCGAGUUCUUUGCCAAGGCUCUUGAAAGCCCUGAGAGGCCAUUCCUUGCCAUUCUCGGCGGUGCCAAGGUGUCGGACAAGAUCCAGCUGAUCGAAAACAUGCUCGACAAGGUUGAUUCCCUGAUUAUCGGCGGCGGCAUGGCCUUUACCUUCAAGAAGGUACUGGAGAAUGUAGCCAUUGGCAAUUCCCUCUUCGACAAGGACGGCGCGGAGAAGGUUGCAGCUCUGAUGGAGAAAGCCAAGUCCCGCAAUAUCAAGGUUGUCUUCCCCGUCGAUUACGUUACCGGCAGCAAGUUCGCUGAGGAUGCUGAGGUUGACGCCGCUACAGAUGCGUCCGGCAUCCCCGAGGGCUGGCUCGGUAUGGAUAUCGGCCCGAAAUCGCGUGAGCUCUUCCGCGAGACUGUCCUCCAGGCCAAGACCAUCCUCUGGAACGGUCCUCCUGGCGUGUUUGAGUUCCCCGCUUUCGCUGAAGGCUCCAAGGCUCUCCUUGCUGAUACCAUCGAGGCGUCCAAGAAGGGCACGACUGUCAUCGUUGGCGGUGGUGAUACCGCCACCGUCGUUGCCAAGUUCGGUAGUGAGGAGGAGCUCACCAAGCACGGCCACGUCUCCACCGGCGGUGGUGCUAGCUUGGAGCUGCUGGAGGGCAAGACGCUGCCCGGUGUCGCUGCCCUUAGCGAGAAAUGA